GAAUGCAGAAGAUUCUGUGUAUUAAAUUUGUAUCCUGCAAUUCAUUGAUGAGCUCUAGUAGUUUUCUACUACUAUCUUUAGGAUUUUCUAUGAUAUAGUAUUAGGUCUGCAAACAAUGAAAGUUUUGCUUUUCUUUUCCAUUUUGGAUAAAUAUCCUUUUUGUUGGCUGAAUGGCUUUCACAUAUUCAAGUACCGCCAUUUAAUCAAGCCAUAUUGUUGAUUAUUUAGUGUAUGGCCAGUUUUUUUUUUUAUUGUUAUAAUGAACUGUGUGGUAAAUGGCCAUGUAAAUGAAUCUUUGUACACAUUGAUGACUGUAUUUUAAACAAAUUCAUAGGUGUGAUCAUGCAAAAUGCCCUUUAGAAAAGGUACACCAAUUUAUAUUCUUACUAGAAAUACAUGAGUGUCUCUCUCUGCACCCAUCACUGUUUCCCUGCACUGUCUUUGUUAAUGUGAUAGACACAAAUUACCUAAUAGUGCUAAGGAGCUCUUUCUGUAGAAUCAGAGUGACUGAGUUUGGGUUCCUUUUCUGACAUUUGUGUGAUCUUGGGCAAAUUUCCUAUAUUUUCCUAAGCCUCAGUUUCUUUGUGAAAUUGUGAUGAUAGUACUUAUUAUCAUGGUAAUAUCAUAUAGUAUCAUGGUUGUGGAGAUUAACCAAGGUGUAUAUCAAAAUAUAAAUCCUUGAAAAAUGUUAGCUAUAAUUAUUUAUUAUGAAUGAGAUUUCCCCUCAUUAUAUUUUAUACUGUAUAUGCUUAUAUUUUAUACCUUGUGGUGGGAGUUAUAAAGUUAUUUAAUUUUAAUUAACCAUCUAGUGACCCUCCUGAACUCUUUUAUGUCCUGUUAAUUAUGUGGCAGAACUUAGUUCCAACAUGUUUUAGUUGAGUCUCUUGAUUUUUCAGGAUAUAUUUUGGUGACCCCCCCCCCAAAGUAAUAACAAUUUUUAAACAUUUCAACCUUUUUCUUGUCUUGUUGCAUGGGUUAAAAUCAUAAAACAGUGUUGACCAAUAAUAGGUAUCUGGGCUUAUUUCUGAUUUUAAUGGAUCUUUCUCUCUGGCAUUACACUUUUUAAAUGCCAGUGGCUGUUGGUCCUGGCAUAGGCGUCCCCUGCUUACAUAUACAUGUUCCUGCAAAUAUCUGUAAAAGUUAAAUGUGAGAAACUUGAAAAAAGAUUUAAAUAUUAAAUUCCUAAGUAUCUUUUAGGCACAUCUUCAAAAAUAUAUUUUCAGCAUUUGACUCAUGUUCUCUUCUUUUUAAAUUAAACAUACAGUCAGUUUAAGUAAGGUUUAAAUCUCAGUAGGGCUGAAAUUUUACUGCUUUCAACACACUUAAUGAUUCCAUCCUUGUCUCAGUGAUACAGACUAUGAGACCCACUCUACUUUUCACCAUCGUCCACAAUUAUGUCGUAUUUAUAAUGAAACAAAUUUGCCCCAUGGAAUAAACCCUUUAUUCAAAUAAAGUCUUAGAGUCAAGGUCCCAUUGCCCUCCUUCCCUCUGAAGCAUCUUUCGAACACUGUUUAGAAAAUAACUGCCGCCCCCCAAAAUUCACAUAAUUUACAAAUCGCAAAAAUGACAGUGCUACUAAAAAUGAAGUUUUCAGAGGCUAGCAGGAAAACCACCUUGUGAUAUUAUAAGGUUUUUAUUAAAUAGCUUCUGUACCAAAAUCCUUAGUAUAUUUCAAAUGAUUCAGUAUAGCGAUAUACAGUACAUGAAAAUAUGGUAUUCACAAAUCUAGGUAAUAUCUUUCUAUUGUUAGAUUACUGAAAUUUGAAUCCUUUCUACAGUUUUCCAUCCACCCAAUACUAUAUUUUCAUCUACAUACAAAUUUUAUCUCCAAUCCUGACCUCUCUCUUUUACCCAGCUGUCUUAUAACAGCUCUACUUGGAUAUCUAUGAGUAUCUGAAACAAAAUGAUCUAAAACAGAAUUUUUGUCCUUCCAAAUCUGUCCCUCUUCAAGUCUUCCCCACUUCAAUAAGUGUUACUUCCAUCUUCUAAGCAGCUCAAACCAAAAAUCUAGAAGUUCUUGAAUCUUCAUGUCUCUCUUACUUCCCACAUCCAUCCAAUGCCAGAGCCUUUAAUCAGCACUUAUGAUUAAAUGAAUUGAAUUAAACUGUUGUUCAAUAUUAGAAAAAUCUAUUAUACAAUAAAAUCUACUGGUUAAUAUGUAUUAUUAUAAUUUGAAUAUACUAUAUACCUUAUAUUUAGAAUUUUUGUAUAUGGUGUAAGGUUAUACAUAUAUUUGAUUAAUUUUGGUGCCAUCUUUGUUAUGUUUUGUCGACAUAAUUAUGCUAGCCUCAUAAAUCAGUUGGGGUGUUUUCCGUGUUCUUAGAUGCCCUAGAAUCAUCUCAGUAACAUAGAAGUUUGCUGGAGCACACCCAUAGAACCUAUAGGUAUAGCAUCCUUUGUCAGGAAUAAAAUAGUGGGUAUAGAUAAAUCUUCAACGAAGUUCCUAUUUCUUCCAUGAUUAUUCAUACUUACAACCUUUUCAUAAGUCAGUUUCAAUUAUGGAUUCUUACUUAUUGGCAGGAAGAUUUAUGCAAACAAUCUCUUCCAUUUCAUUGAACAUUACAUUUGUGGAGUUCCCCAGCCUCUUGGUCACAAGAGAGAAUUAUUCAUUCAUUCAUUCAUUCAUAUUUAGAAACAGCUUUCCAAUUGUAUUAACCAUUUCUACAUUUUUUUUGCUUCGUAAUUGACUUAUUUAUGCUUUUAAUUUUAUUCCUUUCUCCACCUUUAUGUUGGUUUGUUUGCUCAUUCUAACCUUUCUAAUUUGAAUGUUUUAUUUCUUUUUUUCUAUUAAAUACAGUUACACCAUUAAUUUUUUCAUUGAGCAUCAGUUUGGCCACAUCGCAUAGGUUAUCUUACUUUCAUCCAUUUUUAAUGUCUAAAAUUUUACUUUUUCUAUUUCUUUAACUGCAGAGUUAUUUAGAAAAGAGUUUUCAUGUAUAGAUAUUGGUUUUUUAAGGGUUUAAAAAUUUUUUUUGCCCAUCUGAUGCCGACUUCUCAUUUUUGUGUAUCAUAGCGUAUACGUCCAUUCUCUGUGUUUGAGUUUUCCCUAAAUGCCUUGAAAAAAGUUGAUCUAGCAUAAAUCUGUAUCUUAUCAUUGAAGUCAAGAAGGCCGUAGCAAAUUAUGAUGUGAGUACUUGAGAUGAGGGUCAUUUUUAUUGUUGUUGUUUCAAUACCUUUCUACCCUGGAGUUUAAUACCGUCAUCAUCAUUUAAGGCCUGUGGAUAAGAGAAGUGAAUCUAAUGCUUUGGAUUGUUAGGGCUUUUUGUCAUCUUUGUGUAAGGACAGGAUGGUGUGACCUUCAAAAUAAGCCGAUUUCCUGGUUUGUUUUUAAAGUAUUUGAGUUCCUUAAAUGGGGCUUCUCUGCUUGCAAAUCACUACACCCUUUGCCCCCACCCCCAUAUUCCCUUCUAUGUGUUCUCAGAUUUCCUGGGCUUGGAAGUUGAACCAGCAGCUGUGUUUUUCCAAGGGUUCCCCCCUCCUCCCAUGCUCUUUACCACUUUAUAUUAUCUCAGGGAGCAUCUUCCAAAUAUUGCACACUCUCACCUCCAAAUUGUAUAGCUUUGGAGAUAAAAACUAGCUCUUCCUUCCUGACCUGUUUAUGUAUGGGCAGGAUGAAUUGGCCUAGAGAAGAGCGAAACUAGGUUCAGAGAAUAGGUGGUAUAAGUUUAAAAUAUGAUUUUUGAAAAACAAAUCGGAAGUUGGCCUAUAAGAAAAAAUUUGACAAAAUUAAUUUUGCGAGUUUAGUUGGUAUAGAUAAUUUUACUGCCGACCUGGGUGGCUGGAGGCACGUUCCAGAUUGGCAGCUUCAGCUUAGCUUCUAAACUGUUCAUGCUGGGACAGCACCUGAGCGAAGAUGUGGCAGGCUGAGAAAGUACUUUGGAAUUCCAGAGUGACAGCCAGAAGCCAGAAUGCCAGUUUGGCAAGAGCACAACCAGGCGCUGAGUCUUGGGCCGGAGCAUUCCUCAAAGUAACAGGAAUACGGGGUGCUUUGCAUUCAAGAGUACAGAAAACACAGCAAAGUGGAGUCACGUACACGCAAGAGCUUCAUGGGCUUGAAGGAUCAUCUGGGGCAUGACCUAGGCCACCUUUAUGUGGAGAGCACUGACCCACACUUAAGUACAUCUGUACCUUGGUCAAUGGUAGAGAAACCAACAAUGGAUAAAGUUAAUUCCGAGAAGGAAGAAAAAGAGGUGUCUGAGGAGAAUGCGAGCUCCGGUGACUCUGAAGAAAGCACAAAUUCUGAUAAUGAGUCAGAACAAUUGAGCAGCAUUUCAGUAGAGCCAUGUUUAUUAACCAAGACUCACAGACAACUGCGCAGGUCUCCCUGUUUAGAGCCUCACUUACUCAAACACAGUGAUAUUUUGCAAGACUUUAAACCUGAGGAGUCCCAGACGACCACCAAGGAAAUGAAGAAACCCCCCAAUGUGGUGCGAGAAUACCAAACGAAACUGGAGUUUGCACUUAAGUUAGGUUAUUCUGAAGAACAGGUUCAGCUUGUGCUAAACAAACUUGGUACCGACGCUUUAAUCAAUGAUAUUUUGGGAGAACUUGUCAAACUUGGAAAUAAAAGUGACGCGGAACAAACUGUCAGUACAAUGAACAGUAUAAUUCGGGAAGCGUCUUCCCUGGAAUCCCAGCGGUCAGAAUCUCCAAUGCAGGAGAUUGUAACAGAUGACGGGGAAAAUCUGAGACCCAUAGUUAUUGAUGGCAGCAAUGUGGCAAUGAGCCAUGGAAACAAAGAAGUAUUUUCCUGCCGAGGAAUAAAAUUGGCAGUGGACUGGUUUUUGGAAAGAGGCCACAAGGAUGUCACAGUCUUUGUACCGGCUUGGAGAAAAGAGCAGUCCCGACCCGACGCUCUCAUCACAGAUCAAGAAAUUCUCCGUAAAUUAGAGAAGGAGAAAAUCCUGGUGUUUACGCCGUCGAGGCGAGUGCAGGGGCGGCGAGUGGUGUGCUAUGACGACAGGUUCAUCGUGAAGCUGGCCUUUGAGUCGGACGGCAUAAUCGUAUCCAAUGACAACUACAGGGAUUUGGCCAAUGAGAAACCAGAAUGGAAGAAGUUCAUAGAUGAACGAUUACUCAUGUAUUCGUUUGUCAAUGACAAGUUCAUGCCUCCUGAUGACCCUCUUGGCAGACAUGGCCCAAGCCUGGAUAACUUUCUGAGGAAGAAACCUAUUGUUCCUGAACACAAAAAGCAGCCUUGUCCAUAUGGAAAGAAGUGUACCUAUGGACACAAGUGCAAAUAUUACCACCCCGAGAGGGGCAGUCAGCCUCAGCGGUCGGUGGCCGAUGAACUUCGAGCCAUGUCUAGAAACACAGCAGCCAAAACUGCAAACGAAGGAGGGCUGGUGAAAAGCAACAGUGUCCCCUGCAGCACAAAGGCUGACAGCACUUCCGACGUCAAGCGAGGUGCUCCAAAGAGGCAAUCGGAUCCAAGCAUAAGGACUCAGGUCUACCAAGACCUCGAGGAAAAGCUUCCCACCAAAAACAAACUAGAAACCAGGUCUGUACCGUCCUUAGUUAGUAUACCGGCUACUUCUACCGCAAAACCCCAAAGCACGCCAUCUUUAAGCAAUGGCCUUCCAUCUGGAGUUCAUUUCCCACCUCAGGAUCAAAGACCACAGGGACAGUACCCUCCAAUGAUGAUGGCAACCAAAAACCAUGGAACGCCAAUGCCUUAUGAGCAGUAUCCAAAAUGCGACUCACCUGUCGACGUCGGGUAUUACUCCAUGUUGAACGCGUAUUCAAAUCUGAGCAUCUCAGGCCCAAGGAGUCCUGAAAGGCGUUUCUCCUUAGACACAGAUUACAGGAUAAGCUCUGUCGCCUCUGACUGCAGCAGCGAAGGCAGCAUGAGCUGUGGGAGCAGUGACUCGUACGUGGGGUACAACGACCGCUCCUAUGUCAGCUCCCCCGACCCGCAGCUGGAAGAGAAUCUCAAGUGUCAGCACAUGCACCCCCACAGCCGCCUUAAUUCCCAACCCUUCCUGCAGAACUUCCACGACCCCUUAGCCAGAGUGCAGAGUUAUAGUCACGAAGAACCAAAGUACCAUCACAAGCCACCUCUCCCCCACCUGGCCGUGCACCUGCAGCACCCCGCCGUGGGGGCCCGGUCCAGCUGUCCCGGCGACUACCCCUCUCCUCCGAGUUCAGCGCACUCCAAGGCACCACACCUGGGGCGGUCCUUAGUGGCCACGAGAAUCGACAGCAUCUCUGACUCUCGGCUGUACGACAGUUCUCCUUCCAGGCGAAGAAAGCCUUACUCCCGCCAGGAAGGGCUGGGGAGCUGGGACAGGCAGAGCUACGGGAUAGACGCCUAUGGCUACCGGCAGACCUACUCCUUGCCUGAUAACUCCACGCAGCCCUGCUACGAGCAGUUCACCUUCCAGAGCCUCCCGGAACAGCCGGAGCCCACCUGGCGAAUCCCGUACUGCGGAGCAGCGCCGCAGGACCCCCCGAGGUACCAGGACAGCCGCGAAAAGAUUUACAUCAACCUGUGCAACAUCUUCCCGCCCGACCUUGUGAGAAUUGUGAUGAAAAGGAACCCUCACAUGACAGAUGCCCAGCAGCUGGCUGCAGCCAUUCUGGUGGAGAAAUCACAGCUGGGUUAUUGAAAGAUGAUGCAUCUUUGUGGUGUUUAGUAGUUUUUUGUUCAGCUCAAAUGCUGAGGGAGGUUUGCUACAAUAGCACAUGUGAUCUCCUUCUCAGCAAGGAGGUUAUAUAGUAUCCAUUUAUGUGAAAUACUGUAUCAUGGAAUCUGUAUGUAUAGCCCCACAUAGUGGAAAUAUCACGGGAUUACUUUACAUUCAAACUUUUUUUUUAACAUUUCCUUUUUAAAGCUCUAUCCUUGGCUGGAAAUUUUUCCAGUUUGAUUUAUUAGAUGUAUCUGUGAUCUUUGAUAUUAAUCUUUGGUGCACCAGGGGUUUAUAUGCAGCACUUUUUAUCCUUGUUUCAUGUUUUAUUAACUUGGUGUUUGUCUAUCGAUUGCAAGCAAUUACAAUACUUUCAGAAUGUUGAACAUUUGACUAAACCUAGCAAACUAUUUUUUCAAGCCAAGCUUAAUUGGAAUCUUUUACAGCUUUUUAAGUUAUUUUUAUUUGGGGAAAGUGGGCUUCUUUGUGCUAUAAUCAUUAUUUAUAGAAACAAAGAUAUACUACAGCACUGACUUUAUAUUUUAAACAAAAUGUAAGUUACCAGUUUAUGUUGAAAUGGGUAACGGUAUAUAUUAGAAUAAUUUACAAUAUGGCACUUUUCAUUUUCUUUUUGUUUGGAUUUUUGUGUUAAGUAAUUAGUUAAUUUAAUAUGGUUGAUUUAAAGGAAAGCAGAUGCAAUCAAUGGAAAAAAAAGUUUCCAUUUUUUUUUAUUAAGAAAAAGGCAAAAGCCGUAACUGUUACAGUUUAGAGCUCUGUUAUCCAGCUAUAUGAUGUGCUUCUAGACAGUAGAAAUGGAAUUGAAUUCCUAGACUUCCAUUAACCUGUAUUUUUAAUGUGUUUGUCUUUUUGUUUGGGGGCACAACAAUACUGGAUAAAAUAACCCUUUCGCAGUACUUGCCUGUUUUUAAUGAAUCUAAUUAUUCGCAAUGCAACUUUUAUAUUUAAUAUACUCUUUAGCUUUCCUGCUGUUUAUCAAGGCUGGCCUGAGGUGGUUUUAUGUGUUGAGGAUAUGCAACCUUUAUUGAUACUGCACUAUAGAAAUGGUGAUGGAGGACUUGUAAAUGGUAACUUAAGAUUUUUGUAAGAUACUGUAUAUUUUCCAUUUUCCUGACGGUAGUUUUUUGGAAGGCCUGUUAUAUUAUUAAGGCCAGAUUCUUGCCACUAAUAGUGUAGUUUUAGAUACAGACUCGAGUCUGUGCUAGUAUUAGUAAGGGAUUUUUCUGGUUUCAAAGUCAUGGGUUUUGCUGGAUGUGGGUUCCUUUCUGUCAUUAGAAGAUAGGUGAGAUGCAAUCAGCGGCAGGCAGAGGUGUGACGGACACAACUUCACCAUUGCCUCCAGUUUUUGAGUUUUACUUUGUGUAACAGACUCAUUGCGAUGUGUUUCUGUCGUCUGCCUAGAUGCCCUGGUUAUCCUGGUUAUUCUCCUUGCUACAGUUUGAAGUAAAGCCCUGAAAAGCCAGAAAGUACCUAUUACUGUUGAUACAAAUUGUAUCUUUUUAACUAUAAGAACUAUUUUGAUUUGUAGAUCUAGUUAAAAACACCAACGUGUAACUAUGGUUAGACUUUUGGGCAACAUUUUAUCCCUUAUUUAAAUACAAAUUUUUAAAGUACAAUUGAGGUCUAGAAUAGGGUAGAAAAUAAAAGUUAACCACUUAGGUAAAUAAAAGUGUCUGUCUUAGUUUUCUAUAUUAAAAUAUAUUAAAGGAAUUUAUUGGCAUUUUCUUUCUCCUAAAACGUUAUCUAGCGUGAACUUAAAAUAAAGGUAAAAUGCUGCCUGAAAAUAAAGUCCAAGCAUCUUUGACGAGGACAACAUUUUCACUACUCAUGUGACACUGUGUGUCACCUGAAGUAGGAUUUGGGUUACAGUAAAUGCUUCUAAAAGGCAUUGUGCAUAUUGACAUAUCCAAUAAUCUGAACCGUGUUCAGCAAACCUAAUUCAGGAAGGUGGGGUUCACAGUUGCUGCUGCCGUCUGCGAGGUGAGGUGGCCCUCGCUGUGCCCGCAGAGGACACGGGCGCUGCCACACGGACCGGCUGGCGUCCUCCGAGCGGGCUGCUCACUUGUGAAACCCUUCUCCUGAUUUUGUCGGUCACUCUCUGUAACAAGUCUAAUGCAGAGGCUAACCCAGUGCCAAAAAAUAGGGUUACAAACGUGGAGGACCUUUCAUUUCAGUCUUAUUCUAAGCUUGCUUGCUUGCUUUUUUCCUCUUUUUUCUUUCUUUCUUUUUUUUAAGUAGGAUAUCAUUUUUAAAUUGUACAUAUAGGUUUUGCUUCCAUUUUUGGAGUUUUUGCAUUUUAAUUAUUUGCAGAGUCUGCCAAACUUUAUUAAAUUUCUUUCAGUGAGAUCUUAGGUAAAAUGUGUGCUGCACCCUUUUAAUUUGACCUCCUCAUGUCUGUAGUUAACUCUUGGUUGUUACUUCCUGGAUUUUAGACUGUGGGAAAACAGUGGGGUUUGCUGCAGCCUGUCCUAAAAUGAAUAGCUCUGAAGAGCCACACUGAGAUGCUGCAGCGCAAUUGAUUGGGAGUUAAGAAAUAGCAGUCUUCUUAGGUCGAGAGGCAAUUUGUGCGCCCCCCCCUUUUAUUUAUUUAUUUUUUGAAGCACCAGUUUUGCUUUCAGACUUAAGAAUGAGGUGUUUGGCUGACUUUAGAUACAGCAGUUUUUAAUAAAGCAAUAAGUAAAAUGCUCCAUUGUUCCAUUAAAGCCAGAGCUGAUCCCAAACCUUCAUUUCCGCCAAAACUUUCGCCUUCAUCCUAUCUGUUUCCAGAUUUGCUAACAAAUAACAGGAGAGAGGUGCGUUAGUAAGUAGUGAAACUGCCAGACGUGAUCAACUGAUAGAAAAGGAGGGACUCAGGUUGGAAUAUUCUGCCCCCGAGUAACUGACAGUUACUGUACUUUACACAGUAAUGAGCCAAUUUGUUGUCUCUGUGUCUUAGUACAGAGGGAGUAGUACCCAACUGGCCAAAUUCUGGCCCUUAGUAUUUCCUCCUUUCUUGCAUGUGAUACAUAAAGUUUUCAGUCUCCAUUGAAUGAUCUCUGUGUCCUGAUAGAGUUUGUCAUUGAUCUAAACAUUUGAGAGAAAUGCACACCAGUGUAAAGUAUUUGAUACUGGUAGAAACUUGAACAUUGUGUUUUUAUGAAAAUGCAUUUAUGAGAAUAUGUAAUAUAACUGAAAAAGAGUGUUUUAUAUAUAUAUAUAUAUAUACAUACAUCAUACAUAUUUGUUAUGAAGUAUUAAAAAUGGGAGAGUGUUCGGCUUGAUGGCUAACUUUUCCUUAAUUGAACUAUGUUUCUUUGAGUUAUGGACGACCAAGUCUGGAGUGUAGAUGAAAUGACCAAUGAUAAGAUGUAGACCCACUUGAAUGAAAAGCAACUCUUCACUGGUUUUUUUUUUUUUUUUCCUAGUAUUUUUAAAUAAUUAUUUUGAUAAUUUUAAAAGAAUGUGUAAUUUUAAAACACACAAAAAAACUGAAAGUAGUAUUGAUUAUACAGAUAAUUAUUUAACAUGCCUUUUAUGGAUGUAUCUAUAUGUACAUAGACAGUAAUAUAUUUAUAAAAUAAAUCUACUUUAUGUUGUAGUUGUUGGUUUGUGGUAGGUGGGAGGAGGGCUCUGGAAAUGUCUGUGUGUGUUUUGAAAACUCUUGAGCUGUUUUUCUCCUGACUCAAUGACAUUUACCCUCAGGGGUAUUUGGUUUUUGUCAUUCUCCUUGCUCUUCACCUUCCUUAUUAAAGACAAAAUAAGAUGUAGUUUCCCAGCCGUUCUGUUAGAUAUGGUUCAUCCAUUCUGUUAUCAUCCAACUCCUGGAGAUUUCCUGAGUGACCUCAAAUCAGACAGGUCACAGCCGGACAGAUGGGUUAUGUUGCAAAUAUAUUAAACAUGGGAACUCAGCUGGGAUGCUGAGCUUCCUGAGUGUACGCCGACAAAUAAAAUGAUGUACAAGAUGUGUGAACGACACACAUGCAUUAGCAAAGGGAGAGCAGAGCACUAACAACGGUAGAGAAACAUGCAUUUGCUUCGAUUGAUUGAUUCGUGACACCCCCAAGGGCAGGGGCUGACAAACUUUUGAGAUUCAUAGGGUCUCUAUAAACCGCUCAUCCUCUGCCCUUAGAGUGUAAAAGCAGCUACAGAAAACACAUAAAUGACUGGGUGUGGCUGUGUGCCAAUGAAACUUUAUUUUAAGGGGCAGCAGGACCAAUUUGGCCUGUGGGCCGUAGUUUGCCGAUUCCUGCCCUAGAGGGAAAGAAACUGACAUAUCACGCAGUAAAUCCUGAUAGAUGUAAAGGUAAGAAAUAAUAAUUAUUUUUCAUUUGGCAUUCAAGAAAACCUAUUAUUGAUGGCCUUCAAAAGAAGACUGUGACAGUCAUAUGAAAGCAUCUUAAUUCGCUUGUGUUUUUAGCCUGGUCACACCAUUAUUAGAGACAUUUCUUGUAUGUAACCACUCAAGAAAGAAAGCAUUCUGUAAAAAGAUGUUUUAAUAAGUAUUGAAAUUUUUUCAGGAACUUUCUAUUUCUAUUGAUAAAUGGGAAUCUGUUACCUUCCUUUUGUUUCUUAAGGGCCUCAUGGACCAAAUAUUCUGUUGUAUUUUGAAAAUUAGCACAUAAUUAGCCAUAAAAUAUUUUAAAGACUGCGUUUAUCAGUUACAUUUUUUCUGCUGAUUUUUGACUUCUCAAAAAAAAAAAAAAAGGCAAAUGUGCCCUUCUUUAAAAACGAUUUUAAAGAAGAUCAAUAUAUUGUAUGUUCACAUACUGUAACUUUAUUCUGUAAAAUUAAAAAUUGUGACUCGUGUAAUUACAGCUGUAAUGUGAGUGCACUUGCUGUUUUGUGACUCUCUUUAUAAGGAACAAAAUGUACCCCUGCUUUCUCUGUCCAAACCUUCAGUAUAGAUUUUUUAAGACAGUUUGGGACUGUCCUUGGUGAAUUAUCAUGACCAUGUGUGAUUUUAAAUUCAUCCUCCGAGUACACCCGGAGCAUGUUCAUUCACUGUGCUCCUAAGUUGUGUUAACAUUGUAACAUCAUUUCCAUAGUAACAGUAAGUAGUCUUGAGCAUUGCCACCCACUCAAGUAGUCACCCUUUCUUUUAAGAUUGGAAUAGAACCCUAGCUUUUAAUGGGUGUUUACUGUCUUAAAUGGUUACUUAAUUUUUUUUUUUUAACGCCCUCUGUUAACCUGCUUUUUGCUUCUGUUACAAUAAUACUUUCCUGUGUUUGGAGUGGUUUUUUCCCUAAGGUCCUUAGUCUUUCAGAUUUAAAAAUACAUCAAGGUUUUGACCACUGGGCAAUUUGGCAUUAAAAAAAAAAUGCAUGUUUAAAUUUGGUUUUAUAAAAGGUGUAGAAGUUUCACUUUUUAAACCAUGUACCAUACCCGAUUUUUUAGCUUCCUGUUCAGAUAGUUCAGAUAAAUAACAAAUUGUUGUUCAUGAAAGUUUUUGACCCCUUUCUUAAAGCAGAUUGUUCCUCAUGGGCAAAAGACAUUGAAGAGUAGUGGUGUUUUUAUAAAAAUAUGUUUUAGAUUUCCUUUGGUUUUUGGAAAUCCUAACUGUCCCAGCUAGUACAGAAUAUCCAUCAACAUGCACUCUCCUGCAGAGACCUGACACAGCAUUGCCAGGAGGCUGCUUUCGGACUUCAUCCUUUCCUUCUAGGUUUUCUUCUGCCAAACUGUAGUUGUCUGUUGAGAGUGGAAGUUCCAUUUUGAUCCUUCAGACUUUUCUUAUAGGAAAAUAAGGCAAAGCAUAUGUUUGGAACAACCAUCUGAUCAAUUGAUGUGAUUCUGUUUAUCCCGAGUGUUCUGUGUGUUUGUGUAAUGGAAUUUUUACAACUCUAAAAAGCAGUAUUUUAGACCCACUGGAAAUCCGUCUCAUAACAUGUGAUUCUGCCACUGAGAAGAAAAAAAAAUUAAAAAUUUCAUUUUUCUUA